AUGCUUGCGAGCACAGGCGCUCGGCGCUCCGGCAAUAUCGCUGGUGCAGCAAGGUCAACUUUGCAGCAAUCUCUACGCUCGCACAGACAGUUUUCUUCUCUCACCACGUCGAGAAACCCUCAAUCGCAAUGGAGAUCUGUUCUUAAAAACAACUCUACUUUCCGUGCGAAAAAUCACGGCCGAACUCACUCAUCCCUACUCUACUCACACGGUUAUCUCUCGAGUUCAGCGGCAGUGACACCCGACGUAACCCCCGAGACACCAACCCCUAUUUCAUCCCUUCCCCUAGUGACUGGAGGCUCGGUGUAUUUGGCAAUCAAGCGCGGUGGAGAAAUGGGUAUGGACAUAAAGAAUAGUCCCCUUGGAAAAUUUAUGCUUGUUGGAAUGCCCCUCAUUUCGACUGUUGCCAUGCUGUUCUGGCCCGCCGUUUUGCAACUCUACUUCGCCAGCACCGGUAUCCUUGCCCUUGUUCAAUCUUAUCUAACGACCUCUCCUGGUUUCCGCAAAUUUGCUCGUCUUGAGCCGCUUCCAAAACCUGAACCUCAAGAUCCCAACACCACUGGAAUCCCUAGUCGCAUCCGUGUCAUUCCAACUACUGCACGCGCCGUGCCAGAUGCACAACAAGAACCUGAACAACAAGUUUACCCGGCGCAGAAGAUCAGCGUCAUUGACCGUGCCCUCGACAACGUGAAAACCGGAGUCCGUGACAUGCAGAAGCAGGUGAAAGAGAAGAUGGAUGAAAUGUCAGGAAAUAAGGAGGAAACGAACCCCGAUGGAACACCAAAGGUGUCACGAUUGUCUAAGCAAGAACUGGAGAAUGCAGCGGCCUACGAAAAGCGACGGAAAGAACAAAUUGAGAUGGAGCGAGAGUUGAGAAACCAAAGGCUAAGGCAACAAUAUACCAUGAAGAACGGAGACCAAAACGGGAAAUGA